UUGAUUCACGGUACACUGUCGGAGAGCUGCUGGGGAAAGGAAGCUACGGCUCGGUCUACGCUGGAAUCCGUAAGGAAGAUAAACUUCCGGUCGCCAUCAAAGUGUUGGCCAGACAUCCCUUUGAUGACCGAAUGACCAUCCCUGGAGAGACACGCAAGCUCCCUCGAGAGGUGGCGUUAAUAAAGAUGGCAUCCGAGGGUCCUCGCUGUGAGAACGUGGUGGAGCUGCUGGAGUGGUUCAAGACGUGCCAUAACUACAUCUUAGUGCUGGAGCGACCUGUCCCCUGCAUGGACCUCUAUCGUUUUAUUACGUGUAAGAAACGACUGUCCGAAAGAGUGGCUCGAAAGGUCAUGUGGCAGUUGGUUCAGGCUGUUGAUCACUGCUAUAAACAUGGAUUUUUUCACCGUGACAUCAAGCUUGAGAAUAUUUUGAUCAAUCCCGACACGCUGGCCGUGAAGCUGAUCGACUUUGGCUGCGGGGAAUUGGUGACAGACGAGCCCUACAGCGACUUUUCAGGCACUCAGGGUUACUAUCCUCCUGAAUGGGUUCUCCAGAGACAGUAUUUGGGCGUUCCUCAUGCUGUCUGGAGUCUGGGAGUAGUCCUUUACGAAAUGAUCUGCGGAUCAUCGCCCUUCAUUGACGAUGAAGAGCUUAUUAAUGGACAACUGCGCCUCUUUUCUUAUGGUUCAAAGGAUUGCUGGGAUCUGAUUCACUUCUGCCUGCAACAGGACCCUGAUUCUCGGCCAGAUUUCAGUAAAAUCCUGACCCACAAGUGGUUUAAGAAGGAAAUUCAGGACUCAGUCCAGACCCCUCCUGCCUACUAGGAUCUGAUAACAACAGACGGACAGACAGACAGAACGAAUGAAAGAAAGUGAAAAAAUGAAAAAUGCCCCUAGCCCUUCCCACACACUCCCGGUGUUCGACUCUGUCGGACCUUCUCAUGUUAAUCUCCGUUAGUCUCCUCCUGCAGCGUCGGUGUACUCCAGCUGAUUCUCUAAUGGGAGCUGUUGUUCCAACCACUUCACACUAAGAAAGCUCCCAGAAUGCUUCACUGUCAUCAGCACAAGGCCUGAGUGCUCCACUGUUGAAGCACAAGGUCUUGCUGUGGCAGAUGUUUGCUGCUGUGUUUGUGUUUUUUCAGGACCUGCGAAUGCACCUCCCCCAUCCAGCUGUGACGGAGAAACAGAUGUUUGCUGCUGUGUUUGUGUGUUUUUUCAGGACCUGCGAAUGCACCUCCCUCAUCCAGCUGUGACGGAGA